AUGGCGCAGGAGGUGAACGCGAGCUGCGCGGAGUGCGCGUCCCCGCGGCCGGGCUCGGGCGCUCUGGCCGCCCUCCUCAUCUUCACCAUCGUGGCCGAUGUGCUGGGAAACGCGCUGGUCAUCCUGUCCGUCUACCGCAACAAGAAGCUCAGGAACGCAGGUAACAUCUUUGUGGUGAGCCUUUCUGUGGCCGACCUGGUGGUAGCGCUCUAUCCGUAUCCCCUGGCCCUGCUUGCCAUCUUCCACGGCGGCUGGACGCUGGACGCAGUGCAGUGCCAGCUAAGUGGCUUUGUCCUGGGCCUCGGUGUCAUCGGCUCCGUCUUCAACAUCACAGCCAUCGCUAUCAAUCGCUACUGCUACAUCUGCCACACGCUACGCUACGAGCGUUGCUACACGCGUCGCAACACUUGCCUGUGCGUGAGUCUUACGUGGCUUCUGAGUGUCGUCGCAACGCUGCCCAACUUCCUGCUUGGUUCGCUGACCUACGACCCCCGUGUCUUCUCCUGCACAUUCACGCAGACCGUUAGCUCUUCUUACACUGCCAGUGUGGUGCUGGUCCACUUCAUGAUCCCACUAGCCAUCGUGUCAUUCUGCUACCUGCGUAUCUGGAUGUUGGUGAUCAGGGUCAAAGGUCGCGUGCGAGCCAGACCGUGGACACGGGCCACCGACUUGCGCCACUUUCUAACCAUGUUUGUAGUGUUUGUGCUUUUUGCUGUGUGCUGGGCACCACUGAACUUCAUUGGCCUGGCUGUGGCGCUGGAUCCAAUCAACGUGGCGCCAAAGGUACCCGAGUGGCUCUUCGUGGCCAGCUACUUCCUGGCAUAUUUCAACAGCUGUCUGAAUGCUGCCGUCUAUGGCUUCCUUAACCAGAACUUCCGCCGCGAAUACAAACAGAUCCUCCUCUCACUUUGCACCCCCCGAGCUCUGUUCCAUGACAGCUCCCGAUGCAACAGUGAUCCCAUUCGAAGCAAGCAGUCUCCUGCUGUGACCAACAACAUCGCAGUGGAGGCUCACCUGUAAGGAAGUGGAGCUUAACUGCCCUCCUUGUUUAAAAAAUGGGGUGAACUUGUUAUUAGUAAAGAGUUUGGUGGGCAUUUAGACUCGAAAGCCUUCAGAAUUCAUG